AUGGCACCCACAAUAUCAACCCACCCCGUCCGUCUGCUCAAAGUUCGCGCCAUCUCAUCUCUGUACUCCAGCACGCUCACCAACGGCACCGCUCAUAUCGUGUUCACGGCUGAGAUGCGUACCGGCCACCGAUUCAGUGUCGGAAUCAACCCCUCCCACAGUCCCAUACUUAACUCUCGUAUCCGCCACUUUGUUGAACGAGACCGCAGGGGUGAUUUUAUGAACAUGGAGUUGUUCCUUUCAGGAGAGGCUAUUGUAAUGAAGGAUACGAAUGCGGAGGGGGAGGAGUUGGCGCCCCAUGUGCAGAUGACGGCGUGGGAGGUGUUUUUGGAGCACCCGUUCGUUGAAGCUGCGUAUAAUAUUCCUCAGAUUCUUUAG